AUGUCAGAUGCAAAGAAAGCGAGUGCGGAAGGAGGGGAAGGAGGAGGAGGAGGAGACGGUUCCCUCAAGUCUCCGUCCUCCUUCAUUCAGGGAUCUGCGACGGCCAUCAAGAUCCUGAUGGGAGAGGACAAGGAAGGCAAGUCCUCCAGUCAGCUCCUGUCGAGGAUGCACGGAGCUGAGAUGGAUCAGUUCGCGGGGACAGUGGUAAGGAGGGGGACGCUGAGGAGGAAGGAUACUUUCAACCUGGUGAGCAGCAGUUUCACGGACGUGACGGUGGAGCUAAGGGAGAAGUUCCUGGUGGUGCUGGGGGGCGAGAAGGAGGAGGUGAAGGAGAGCUUCAACCUGCUGGACGUGGAGGUGGGGAAGUACGAGAAGAAGGGAGCAGUGGGUUUCACAGUCACUCAGAGGGAGCAUGGGAGGCUGUCGAUGAUGGCGAAGGAAGCGACGUUGUGCUGUGCGAGCGAGGAGGAUAGAGAUCAGUGGAUCGAGGCGCUGAGGGAUCUACACGAGAAGGCGAAGACGCAUGCAGAGAACAACAGGAUCAUGUGCGAGAAAGCUGCGAUGAGGGUGAAGGAGGAGGCAGAGGCCUUGAAGAUGCGAUUGGAGGAAGAGGCGAAGAAGCGGGAGAUGGAGAACGCAGAGAAAAAGGAGAGAGAGGAGAAGGAGCAGAAAGAGCGGGAAGAGAAGGAGAGGGAGGAGAAGGAGGAGAAACAAGAGCUGGACGAAGAAAAGUCGGAAGAGGAGAAGGAGGACAAGGGAGACAAUGACAAUGUCAGUGAUGCAGACAAGGCAAGCGAUGAGGCCAAGACCGAGGAGCAGGAGCAGGAGCAGGAGCAGGAGCAGGAGCAGGAGCAGGAGCAGGAGCAGGAGCACAUUCCAGCUGAAGACAAAAACGGAGGAGGAGACGACAUCGGAGAAGUAGGGGAUGGUGAAAGGAGGAUUGAGCGGGAAGAAGAUGAAGCGAUGCAGAAACAUGGAGGAGACUGGAGGGAAGGGGAGGAACAGCAGGAUCAUCGAUGGGACGUGGAUCCAGAGAUGAAUCAAGAUGGAGAAGUUGAGGAGGAGAACGUGGAAGAAGAAGGCGCACAGGAGGAGAAGGAGGCAGAGCAGCAGCAGCAGGAGGACGAUGGAGAAGAAGAGAUUUCGUUCAAGAGCGUGAGCGAAGGUCAAGACUCGCCUGCAGAUGAGAGUCUUGCAACUCUCCCAAGUUUGCCGUGCAAGUGCUCGAGUCCGGGCGAGGAGGAGGAGGUCAUCCUUCAGCAGGAGAAGGACGAACAAGAAUCGCCCGUGCUGCUUGAGGCAAGCAACGAGGAGAAGAGAGUUUCCAACAAGGUUGAUAAUGAGGAAGAGCAGCAGCAGGAGCAGCAGGAGCAAGCGGUAGAGCAUGUGCAGGAACAGCAGCAGAACCAGGAACCGGAACAGGAAAAGGAACAGGAACAGGAGGAAGAGGGCAGUGAAAGAGCUGCUGAAAGAGCUGCUGGGUCAGCCGAACUGAAAGAAGAGGAAGGAGCUCGCGAUCAGUGGUCGACCGUAGGGUUGAAGGAAAGCGACGAGAGUCUCGUUGACCUUCCAAGUCUCCCGUGCAAGUUGUCGAGCACAGCAGGAGAGGAUGAGGAAGAGGAAGAGGACGAGGAGUCCAGGCAGGGCCGAGGGGAGGACGAGUCGUUCUGCCCAUCGGCAUGCGCAGCAUCAGCACUGUAUGAAGAAGAUGUUAUCAUGAUCCCACAGCCAUCUCAUCAUGGUGAAGAUGAGCACGGAGACAUUCUUGGCAAACAGCAGGAGCAGGAGCAGGAGCAGGAGCAGGAGCAGGAGCAGGAGCAGGAGCAGGAGCAGGAGCAGGAGCAGGAGGGCAGGGAGGCUUGUCUAUCUGCCUCACAGCAAGUAUGCAUGGAAGGAAAUGAGCUGGUGAUGGUCGGGGGUGAGACGUCGAAGAGCGAAGAAGAGCAGCGAGGAGAUGAGGCGAAAGAAGCAGACGGGCUGGAAGGAGGAGAACACGAAGACAAGCAACCGAGACAGCAGGACGACGAGGAAGACAAGGAGGAGGAGAGAGAAGGGGAGCGAGAGGAGGACGAUCGGCAAGGGCAGCAGCGGAACGAGCAACACCAGGACGGAGCUGAGGAGGAGGGAGGAGACGGAGAUGAAGGGCGUGGAGGAGGCCAGUCAGAGGAAGGCAGACAAGGACGAGAGGGCGAGGAGCGAGAUCAGAAUCAUUCUGAACUGCAGACGAGCAUGCAAGGAGCGCCGCAUGAGCUCUCAGCUAUCGCUAUGAGCCCCAUCCCCCGUCUCAGCUGCCCUUCCCCUGGCUACCUUCAGCUGGCGAUGCGGGGGAACAACGUGGAAGAGUUUCAGAUGGGGAGCGAGACUGGGAUGGAGGAGAGAGGAGGUGGGAGGCGAGGAGAGGAGAAACAGGAGGAGGCUCGGCAGGUUGCAGGAGGAGGAGGAGGAGGAGGAGGACGUCACGACGAACAAGUCAAGAUGGAAAUGAUAAGGAGAAGCCUGGUGGAGUUGCUGAAGGACAUUCAGGAGAUGCAAGAUAUAGUCAAUGUGCAGCAACAGCCAACGAUGGUUGUUGAAGAAGUGGAGCAAAGGGAGGAGAAGCAAGCUGAUGAUGAUCGUCGAGUUGACACACAUGCCCAGGGAGGUCAGGGGGUGAAGACAUUCGCUGAUGUCUCGUCGUCGGCUGCUCGCCAUGCCAUCAACAUUGUGAAGGAGGAGAUCCAAAGGAUCGAGAAGCUGAUCAGGAAGCUGGUUGCGCUGAGAAAGAAAAGGGGGGGGGGAGGAGAGAAGGAGCAGGAAGAAGAGGAGGAGGAGAAGGAGAAGGGAAGGGAGGACGAGAAGAAGGGGAGUGGGGAGGAGCAGGAGGAGGAGGGUGGGGUCAACCAGCAAAGGGGAGCGGAUGCAGCAGACAGGCAUGCCAAGCAUACCUUCGCAAAUCUCAAGCUCCUUCCCUUCAACCCCCGGGUUAUCGUCGCGCACGUGGGACAGGCGAAGCAGAACAUGCUGCAUGCUAUCAAGGCUUCAGCGGGCGAUGGAAAUGCGCAGGAAGGGAAGGAGGAAGUGAGAGAAGCAAUUCAGCCUGUGGCGAGGCAGGAGGAGAGCAAACAGAUGGAAUUCUCCGCCAUGAGCUCUGACGCCGACCAACAGCAAGAGGAGGAGGCAGCAGUGGUGGUGGAGCAGGCAACAGCCGCCACAGCAGCAAGGGAGGAGGAGCAGGUGAAGGAGGAGGAGCAGGUGAAGGAGAAGGAACCCGUUGCUGCAGAAGAGUCAGAGGAGGAGGAGGGUUGGAUGCAGGAUUGA